AUGCUACUUGAGAAGCUUUCAUACCUCCUAGGCCUCUUCUGUUCCUUAGCCGCGGGAACAAUCCUCCAGAACGGCCAGGUGAGGAUCACAGAUUAUCCCGAUACCAAAAUUGAUAUCUCCUCGUACGACUUCCAGACUUACGAUGCGAAUGCUACCGAGCUGUCUUACAAGGGGAGAUGGGACUCCAAGAAGGUUUCCUGGUGGUCAGCUCCCGGACUUGUCUUUGGCUUCACGGGAGAUACUGUUGCCAUCACAUUCGGAGAGUUAACUACGGAUACGACACUCAUCGGGUACAGAAUAGGUGGAAUGGAUUGGACCUUCGAAGCUAAGACACCAUCCCUCAACCCCCAGACCAACGUAACCGCAGGCGCCACACACCUCCUAGCCUCGCCCUCCACCCCCGGCAUCAACGAGACCUUCCCCAUCAACCCCCUAUCCUUCGAGCUGCGCGUGACAAACUGGGCCUACGGCGUCCAAAUCGACAAGGUGCACGUAGCACCCGGCGAAUCGCUGAUCAAGAUCCCGCCGCACACUGGGCGCACCGUCGAGUUCAUCGGCGACAGCCUCUCGGCCGGCAUGUACACGAGCUACGAGGGCCUGUCUAGCUUCGCGUACGGCGUCGGCGCCGGCCUCGGCGACGCAGAGUAUUACGUUACCGCGUACCCGGGCAUCUGCGUCGCGGACCAGGACUGCUGGGGAAACCCGCGCGGGCAGGUCCACCAGUGGUUCUACGCGUCGGAUACGAGCUGGCGGGCGGCGCAGAUAUGGGGAGAUGAGCCGGAGCCGUGGGCCUUUGAGAAACAGGAGACGACGCCGGACAUCGUAAUUAUUAACCUCGGCACCAACGACAACAACGCCGCGAACAACGUCAGCACGGAGACGUACGUCGACGCUUACAAGAAGCUAAUACAGGGCGUUCACGGGAAGUACCCCAAAGCACAAGUCAUCGUGAUGCAACUAUGGAUGGGCUUCUACUCCUACGGCAACAGCUACCAGCAAACCCUAGGCUACGAGCAGGAGCUCAAAGAUAUCGUGUCCUACUUCAAUUCCGACGAGUACCUCUCCGCGCCGACGACCUGGGACGGUACGACGAACACGACGACCGUGCUGGACGCGCCGAGCGAGUCUUUCGUGCAUUACUUUAGUACCAAGGGCAUCAUGCAGCACAAUGAUAUCGGACCGCAAUGGCAUCCGACGGACGUCGGUGCUAUAAAGGUGGCCAGUCACUUGACACAGUUCAUCAAGUUGACAUUUGGUUGGGAACUAGUUGCUACUGGUCCCGAGAUAUUCCAUGAGACGCUGUACUGGAACGACCAGCAGAACUACUAGACCAGUAUCUGUUUACUAGAACACAUACCGAUGGUAAUCUAGAUGGGACCUCGAGGCAUAUAUUAGGAAGACAUUGAUCAUAUCUAGUUUCUUCUAACUUGACUGCACAUAUAAAAUAGUCUAGGCCGGUAUCAACGAGAUAGAGCUUUGGAAAACGUUAAGCUUAGCAUUGAUGUGUACUUGCUGUACCCUUUUACUCUAUAUUGACUAUCUAUUCGCCGUAUAAGAACAACUAAGAAAAGAUGGAAUUAUAAAAUAGAAACCUGCCAUUUCUCGCCCGGAAGACGUUGAAAAAUAAUACGUAGACGAUAUAUUA